GCUGGGAGCUGUCCCCGGUUCUCCGCUCUGCUCGCGACGGCGGCUCCCAGGGUUCCUACGCGGUGUUCCCCUAUUCCGCGUGACCACUGCGUGCCCGGACCUAGGCUCCGGCCCGGGUCUGUCUCCAGAGUCGCCAUGUCGUCCGACUUCGAAGGCUACGAGCAGGACUUCGCGGUGCUCACUGCAGAGAUCACAAGCAAGAUUGCCAGGGUCCCCCGACUCCCGCCGGAUGAGAAGAAGCAGAUGGUUGCAAAUGUGGAGAAACAGCUUGAAGAAGCAAAAGAACUGCUUGAACAGAUGGAUUUAGAAGUUCGGGAGAUACCACCCCAAAGUCGAGGAAUGUACAGCAACAGAAUGAGAAGCUACAAGCAAGAAAUGGGAAAACUUGAAACAGAUUUUAAAAGGUCACGGAUCGCCUACAGUGACGAAGUACGCAAUGAGCUCCUAGGGGACGAUGGGAAUUCCUCCGAGAACCAGAGGGCACAUCUGCUCGAUAACACAGAGAGGCUGGAAAGGUCAUCUCGGAGACUAGAGGCUGGGUACCAAAUAGCAGUGGAAACCGAGCAAAUUGGCCAGGAGGUGUUGGAAAACCUCAGUCAUGACAGAGAAAAGAUUCAGAGAGCACGUGAGAGACUUCGGGAAACCGACGCUAACUUGGGGAAAAGCUCCAGGGUUCUGACGGGGAUGUUGCGAAGAAUCAUCCAGAACCGAGUCCUGGUCGUCAUCCUGGCCAUCAUCCUGGUCAUCACCAUCCUGCUGGCGAUCACCUUUUCCGUCAGAAGACACUGAUGUAUCGGCUCGUCCUUGAUAAACAGUAACAGCGGCUUGUUCUGAGUAAUUAAGACGAAGUGGUCACAUGAAUCAUUCUUUUGCGCUGACAGGCCCCGGGUGACCCUCCUUCCCUCGCACCCCUGUUCGGCUGGAGUGCAAAGAGUGUAAAAAUAUUUUUUAUUCCUGUUUGCAUGUGGGCUGGUUUCCUUUUCUAGGUUUGUCUCCACCCAGAUUUGUUUUUUUAGAGGGGAAGGUGAGUGUGUAUUUGCCUUUUGGUAAUUUCACCUACUGACCAAAAUAGCCUUGGUGACAUCCUCGCCCUGUGGACAUGUCAGGGGUCGUGGUUUGGGAGAGGGCAUAAUGAGCCUAUCACAGGGGCUUCUGACGGGCUGUGCUGUUUGUCACACACCUCUUGUCACCGAAUUGCCCUUCUGUGAUGUCUGAGGAUGAAAAUGCAGAGAAAACAGGGAUCCGAGCACUGACCGGAUUCCCCACACCAGCCUGUUCCUGCCCCAGUUAAUGAAUAUAGUCACCCUGCCUGAGUACUUUCACUGUAAAGGUGGGUAUUUAAAGUCGGUUGUGCAGAAAAUUGACUUAGCACUUUCUCUGUUUUACUACACAUAAUUUUUUUUUUACCCCCAAGAAAUAUUUUUGCUGCGCCUGCCCAAUAUCCACUUUUCGCAACUCUGAUUACUGACCACGAGAAAUAUUUCUGUACCUGCCCCAAAUCCCAGACUCCCCAGAAUUUGCCGGCAGAGUGAGCCCUGGCACCGUAUUUAAUUGUGACCUCCUCUCCCCUGACCUGUGUAAGCAUUCCUGUAUCCUUUCGGUUUUCAUAUUUGCGCUGCCAAAAGCAGCCCUCAUACAUGCAAAAGGUCUGACAAGGUUCUCUCCACAUCCAUUCCAGUAUGUAAAGAGAACAUGAAUAUUUCAGGAAGAGCAAGAACAUGACUCCGUCAGUGUGAAAUUUCAAAUGUGAUUAUAAAUAUGGUAGAGUCCUAUAGGGUGAUCCACGAGGAAUAAACUCUCUGGAAAAUGUGCGCUACCCACCUUUAAGACACAGGGACUGCAGCGUGUGCAGAAAGACAGCUUGGGUUUUUCACUAACAAAUGUCAGCGCGGCCUCGCUGAAUUCACUGUGUAUCCAAACCCCUAACAGCCUUUGUGGUUUUCUUUGGUUUCUUUCUGUCCGCGGUAACGGGGAAUUGCGUUCAAAAUGAGUUCAUUUAUGAUGAGGCUUCGAGUUGCCCACGCUGAGGUCAUUUUCCCCCUGGUCAUGAAGCAAAAUGUGUUUUUCUUUAAGACUUCAUAGGCACACAGUCCACACUGUCUUUUGACUAUAAUUGGAAGCUUUGAGUCCUUGAAAAGCAAACCUGUUCUCUUCAUAAAAAAUGCUAACCACCCGUGCCCAUGGAUGGAGAUCACCUAGACGCAGCACUGAGUAUGUCCCCUCCCCCCCGGAGAGAACCAUGAUGGGUUCGGGAGAAAUGCAGGAUGCCAGAAUCCACCAGAGAAGCCGUGCUCAGAGAGAUCGUUUGGUGUUGUGUAAACAGAGCCUUUGCUUCGCGGGUGGUGUGAGGUUUGGCUGAUUUUCCUGUGUGCUCUAGGGUUGCACCUCAGCGAGCCCCUUUAUUCCGAUAACGGAAUUCUGUGUGUGGUAAACACAUCGAAGAAACCAUUUAAAAGCAAGAAACAGCCCAGUUUCGUCCCGUUCCGAAGCACAGGUGCCGGGAAGGAGAUCCCCAGCCUCGGAUGGCUUCCCUCGAAACCGUUGAUCUGAGCUCAGGUGCGUUUCCAGGCGCUUCCCAAGGCCACGCAGCGAGGAUCUGAUCAUCAGAACGUACCAGCUCCUAAAUAUUUCACCAGAACCCUGUGUUCAUGUUGAAGUAGAUGGAGAAGGGGUGAGUUGCUCGCCUCUCAAUGGCCUCUUCUCUAGAGUUCUGUUUAUCUGCUCUUGCCUGAGAUUUCGCCCCAACGCAACCUGGCGAGAGGCAAGAAAAGGAACAGACCACCUUGGCCUAGCAGCCCCACCAAACCCACCUUGAGAGAGACCCUAGCCCGGGUGGUGAGUGCCUUGCAGGAAGCUGGUCCCAAGGUCCCUGGGGCUCCUUGUCCGGCCCUCCUGGAUGUUGUAGGAGAGGCCCAAGGACCCUAAGACAGACGACAGACCGGUUGGCUCUUCUCCUUCCGUGCUCCACCGGGGAAGGAAGAAAGCCCCCAGAUUCACAGCAGGCCGUCGAUCUGGGAAAGGUUCUAGGAACUUACGACGCACACUUCAACUGAUGAAUAUUUCUAAAGUCGGGAAUAUUGUUUAAAAUGAUGUUCGACGCGGGGUUGGGGCGUCGGUGACGAAGACGCGGCGGAGGACGAGGAGGAGGGGACCCUCGCCCUGUGAAAGCCACAGCACACGAAACAGCUCCCCUACCAGAAUAAAUAAAGCAGACGCUCCCUGCUCCGGAAUCAAAAGCAAUUUAAUUAAAGUCUCUCAAGUUGUAAAGAGUUUUAAAUGCUCCACGCUGAAGGCGAAUGCGGGCAAGUGCUGUAGGCUUGACGUCAGCCGCCAGCCUGGGCUGGGAGGCCAUUUGCUAUUCUGUUUAAGGCAGGCUGGAGAGCCUUAUUUUGGAACCAGCUUGGUGGGGGGUUUGCUUUGCUACUGCUUCUGAGUCCUGAGCUUCAAAGGCUGAAAUUAAUGGCGAACAAAAUUGUGCGGCUCUGGCCGUCCCAUGCGGGGCAAGCCCAUUGAGGGUUAUCAUUAAGUAAAGAAAUAAAGACGGGGGAGAAGCCUGCCUGUUCCCAAAACCUCAUCAGAUAAUGACCUCGGUGAUUGGGUUUCAUUACCAAGCAGCAUCCAGAGAUUAUCUCCUCCACCGAAGAAGGGAGCAGGAGAGAGAAAGAAAAGAAGGAACAGCAACUGCCUUUCCUU